CUCAAGCACAGCACCCAGCGCCGGGUCCGGCGCCUCUGCAGCAGCUCUGGGGAUGGGGACUCCAGCGAAAAGCCAAUAAUGCAAUAUAUUAUGUACUUAUAACACUCCAGCACUUCCCUGGGCAGCCUUUCCAAUGGCUGAGAACACCAACAGUGAAAAUCCUUAAUCUGAAUCUCCCCUGUCUCAGUUUGAGCCCAUUUCCCCCGUCCUCUGUAGGCCCAGCAGAAGAGCAGAUCCCCACCUCGCUACAACAUUUCGGGUGUUCUCCAGAGCAGUGAGAUCCCCUAAAUUGUGCCUUUGUGCCUGUGUUUGUCCUCCCUAUAGUUGUGCUUUAUUGCCCAACCAUACCUGCCUUUCCCUCAUAAUUUCAUUCUGUCAUUACGUGUUUGGCUGUUCCCCCUGGAGCAGUUCUAAUAGUGGCUGCCAUUAGAACCUACAGGUUCUUGCACUUUAAAAACAGCAUAAUGAGCAAUGACCUAAAUCCAUACAGCAUAUACAAAACCCCAAACAAACAAAGAAAUCAAAGCACUGAAAAAUGCACAUACUGCACAGUUGGGCAACACUCAGAUUUCCAAGGAAAUUCCUCAUUUCCCUCAUGUAAGAGCCAAUGAUGAACUCUAACUACCUAUUUUAUAUGUUAUAGGGAUGCAUUUCAUGCCCUGCAAAUUGGUGAUGCUGGUGCCAUGUGUUCAGCAUGGCACUGCCCAGAAGAGUUCUGGACAUUUCUGAAGGCCAAAACCACCUGUUUGCAGUGACAUUUGCUAACCCACAUCCUUACUUAACACUGUGUUUAAUGUGCCUUAUAAUCCUGUUUUCUAUUAACUUGUCUUGAAAGGAGAUUUAUGUGGGUUUUCAUUUGUAUGGUUCUAUUAAUUUGAUAGAAAACUCUGCUGUGUUUCUCAGCAGUCAUGAUUUGGCUUUGCUAGAGUUAAACCCCUUUAGUAAGUACUUCUCUGCUGGAGCAAAGUUAGAGACAAUUUUUGAAAAAGGGGCCUCUUUGCAGCUGCCUCUGAGAUUAACUGUACUGGGCAGUUGUUUCUUUUAAAAAACAAUAGUUUACCUUGGGCACCAAAAACCUUUGCUUGCCAUGCUAAAUAUAAGGGGAUAGGCUUUAUUUUCACAAGUUUAAAAUACCCAGUGUAGCUCUGAAGCCUGAGGUGGAAAUAAAGACCUUCUAUUUUCCUUCCCUCAGGAAAAGAGUCAUGCAGAGAAUGUGUGAGCAGAUAAUAGACUAAUUCAAACCUUCAGACCAGAUGUCUUCAGAAUCAUACUAUCACUAAAAUUAAAGCAUAAACAAACAUUUGUGACUGACGUAGCUCCUUCAAAUAGGCGAAUGCCUGGGUCAGGGUAGCUCAUUUUGGAACAGACUGAGAGAAAGAAGAAUCAAAAUGAAGACAUUUCUUGUGUUUGUCUGCUUUUUGGUCCUGCUGACCACUGUUACAGACACUUCACCAAUUUUGUCUGAAAAAGAUGCCAAACAGAUGCUGAGGACUCGUCGUGAAGACAGACCAAGAAAAGCUGGCUUCCCUGAUGAACCAAUGAGGGAGUAUAUGCUUUACCUCCAGCGCUUGGAGCAGAGAUCAGAAGAACAAUUCCUUGAGCACUGGCUGAAUCCUCAUUGCCUCCCACACUGCAACAGGGAUCUGGUGCAUCCAAUCUAAUGGGUUUGCCUACCCUGCAGCUGAUCUCCAUACGGAUUUAUACAUGAUUGUGUUAAGGAGGACAAGAUUAUUCCUGCAUUGCUACGAGCUCAUUGGAGAGCAGAACCUCUCUGCAGUACAGUGCAAUCCUCAUGAUACAGCAGAACUUCAGCUCUAAGUGGCUUGAUGAGUUAUAGACCCCCAUGUAUUUUCUACUAGCAAUGAUUUCAUGCAUGAAUCACUGAAUUGAGGGCUUCCACAGUUCUGGGAUAUGGGCAAUGGAUUAGUCUUAGAGUACCUUUUCAAGGGCACAGGUUUAGACUGUCUGAAGCAAAAGGAACUUGGAGGGAGAGGUCAAUAGAAAAUUGAAGAAUACCAACAUGAAGAGAAGGCCAGGUUUCUGGGUUUUGGAGGAAUCCUUAAUUACAGAUUUCUAGGUUAAAUUACAAUAUUGCAUGUAGACACAACAUUUAUGUAACACUAUGUCUUACUGCCUGAUGAGUAUUUCAUGUAUUGUUUCAUAAUAAAAGCUUGACUCAAUUCCA